AUGACCCGUGGACGACUGUAUCAUGUUACUCAGGUCGUCUUCAAAACCAAGAAAAAGCACAUCCCCCAUAAAACCGACACGCCGUUGCUGCCAAAAUGCUGGCUGGGUCUGGGAAAAAGAAGCUACAACGGAAGAAAAAAAACAGUUGACGAGCCCUGGGAACCAGACGACGAGAAGGACGAGGGUGAGGACAAAGGAAGUGCGUGGGAAGAUGACGACGAAUUUGAGGCGCUGAGCUCUAUAAAAUAUUCAGCCCAGACGAAGACGACGAAUAAGACCAAAACGACGGGUAAGACGUCGGGCAAGACGAAAGUGGUGGCGAAGGCGAAAGUCGUGGAGAAGAAAAAAUCGACGGGCAAGACACCCCGCAAGAAGUCUAGCAAGACGUUGGCAAAGGAGGCUAGGGAAGCAGCUGCUACUUCAAAACGCAAUACAGCGGCGAAGAAGCGUCAAGAUCCAGCUAAUGAUGAUCAACAAGCAGGAAAGAAGGCGAAAGAUGCAGCACGUAAGCAUUUAGAAGGCAAGAAGUAG